AAAAGAAUGUAUUUUACUUGUACAUAUCUAUCUAUCUAUCUAAUUGCAUGCUGUAUAUAUGUAAAGUUUGAAUAUAUGGAAUGAAAAGAAAAUGUAAUCUAUAUAUGUUAUAAAAAAGGCCCAUAAAUAAUUAACUGCAGCUACUAAGAUUUGUAAUGCCGAGUGCAUGACCGAUUUCUGCUCUAAUCCCUCUGGUAUAGUGUAGAAAUAACUUCAAUAGGGGCUGUAUUUCUUGAUACAGGUUCACAACUCCCACCCAUUUCGCUUACCUUUGUAUGGUACCAUUUCAUUUUCUCAACAAGACCAUUGGUUUGAGGAUGAUAAGGGGCACAAAGGCUUCUUUAUAUCCCAAGGAAUCAGUGUUGAUCUGAAAUACAUUUAUCUCACUUUACAAAUGGUGAAUUUUCAAGGGACUGAUGGUAUUUUAUUUUGCCCCCACAAAUUAUUGUUGGUAGCUACAUUGCAAGUAGGUUUAUUUUACCUGAUUUACAAAAUCCUUCCCCUGGUCUGUAAGGAUCCUCUUGGGAGCCUCAAACUGGUAAAAAAAAAAACAAUUUGAGGAUGCAGCCAGAUACCUCUUUAGCCGUUUUUUGUUCUAAGAGGGUAAGCUUGUGCCCAUUUGGUCAGGUAAUCAAUCAUUACACAGAUGUAACUGUAUCCCUCUGUAGUCACAGUCAGCUUCCCUAUCAGGUCCAUGCCAACAAGCUCAAAUGGAUGCGUCACCUAAAAGACAUAUAGGUGACUGUCAGGUGAACAUCAAGAACAAGGAAUAGGACAUGACUGGACAAGUGAGAUAAGUGGGAUAAACGACAGCAAGGGGAAAGACAGACCAAGGGGAAAAUACCAAAAAGACACUAGACAGAUGGGCGAGGUGAAUAAAUCAGGAAAUAUAAAGGAUUUUUUUUUUCUUACAGUGAUUGGUGUGUCCUCCUUGAUUUGAGCUCCACUGGCCUGGCAGUGCACACACUGGGCCACCUGAAUGAAGAAGAUUUAAAAACACAGAGAGACAGACCGUUUUUAACAGUUUUAUUCAACAAGUAUUUCAAAGAUGUUUGGAGAAAGCAACUUGCGGCCAAGUCACCGCACGUAUGAUAUAGGUGACGAGGAUCCUCUCAUUGAAGAGCUCAGCAAAGCAAUGGCCAGACUUUCUGUAAGUGGACCGACUGAGCUAGCGUCCAGGUCCUCCAACAGCCGCAUAUCCAAUAAUAGGGGGUCCACCGAAACCAAAGAGGCCCAAGUUACCGGUCGCUCCAGGGCCGUUGAAGGGAGGAUUCCACCUGAGACCAAAGACAACAUCAGUACCCCUUAUGAUAUAGGUGACGAGGAUCCUCUCAUUGAAGAGCUCAGCAAAGCAAUGGCCAGGCUUUCUGUAAGUGGACCGACUGAGCUAGCGUCCAGGUCCUCCAACAGCCGCAUAUCCAAUAAUAGGGGGUCCACCGAAACCAAAGAGGCCCAAGUUACCGGUCGCUCCAGGGCCGUUGAAGGGAGGAUUCCACCUGAGACCAAAGACAACAUCAGUACCCCUGUGAGGACAAUCCAGUACCCCUGUGAGGCCAUUCCAAAACCUUCCCCUAAAAGGGGAUUGGAGGAUCUGGAAUCGGCCAGUAUCGGAAGGCCAGACAGCCUCGGUCCAGAGAGGAAGAGGAGAAGAGUGGACACAGCGACAAGAAGGAAGGCUUCCUGGGUGAGUGUUCACGCCAGAGCUUUUCGAAGGAACUAUAUUAGUGCCGUUUGUUCCAAGGCCAUUCAAGAGAAAUCGGUGAGGGUCAAGCAGACUUUGCCACGUGAGGUGGAAGAGCAGACUGUAACAGAAGGCUUGACGGGCACAGAAAAACCCUCCCAUAAAAGGAAAUGGGAAGAUUUCAAAUCAGCCGGUAUCAGAAGGCCAGACAGCCUCGGUCCAGAGAGGAAGAGGAGAAGAGUGGACACAGCGGCAAGAAAGAAGGCUUCCUGGGUGAGUGUUCACGCCAGAGCUUUUCGAAGGAACUAUAUUAGUGCCGUUUGUUCCAAGGCCAUUCAAGAGAAGUCGGUGAGGGUCAAGCAGACUUUGCCACGUGAGGUGGAAAAGCAGACUGUAACAGAAGGCUUGACGGGCACAGAAAAACCCUCCCAUAAAAGGAAAUGGGAAGAUUUCAAAUCAGCCGGUAUCAGAAGGCCAGACAGCCUCGGUCCAGAGAGGAAGAGGAGAAGAGUGGACACAGCGACAAGAAGGAAGGCUUCCUGGGUGAGUGUUCACGAACACGUUCGGGCAGACGGUGACGUUGUUAUGGUUGCCAUGCCAAAAAAGACAACUACAACCAGAAGGAAUAACAUGAGACGCUGUGCGAAGGGACGUGGAGAAAAGACCUGGAGAGGAGGGAGCAAGAAGACAAAGCAUGACGUGAGGUCAUGCUUUGACAAAAGGGGAAACACUGGACCAAAAAAACCCAGCACCCCACUUUACCGUCUGAGACCCUUUCACCAAAGAAAGCAAUAUGGACCACCAGGCAGAAGAAACCCACAAAACAUGCGUUUGCAGGGCCGCCGUCAGUGGGCAACACCAGGACCGAUGUGCCGGGCCCCGGGUCGGGGGAGGGCCCAAAGUGUCCCUUGGCCAAACAAGUCCUGGGCACGAGGAAGACACACGGACCUGUGUGUCACUGUCACUUUCUAAAUCAAUGAAAUAAAUGUAAUUUUUUGUCUUCCUA